AUGUUCCCUAAAGAUCUCCAGAGAGCUCUCGAUGAGCGUGUUGCACUUGCCGCAUCACGUGGCUUCACUCACGAGUAUCAGACCGAGCGAGAAAGAGAGGACAACGUUAUAUGCCAUAAAGCGCUAGCACCUGCUACAGUCAACAAAUAUGAUAAAUCUGUCUUGAACUGGGCUCUAUGGAGACUUUCUCGAAACGAAGCGGCCGAUGCCAACUUUUCCAAAGAUGAACCAGACCCAACUCCGCAAAUCUUGAAAUCUUUUGCGGAGGAUUAUGUUGCAACAAGAAAAAACCUUCCUUCACAGAAGACUGCUUGUCUAAAUCUUAUCAGCUUCACUUCGAGAUGGGAGCGAGAAACCUCUCGCUCACUUCCUCGUGAAAUCAAGGAUGAUGUCCUGAAUUUCAUUAGGACAGAUUUGACAGCCAAGUACAAUCUACCGACGAAGCCGCGAGAACGCUCCACAGUCACAGCUAAGGAUAUAGAAUAUCUUCUUCGCGGUCUUUUUGGCAACGAUUGGCACGAUUACAGACACGAGAGGGCACGUGUCCAGACUGGAAGUGCUCUCGCAAUGUUUUCUGGAUCUGGUGCUAGGGCGGGUGCUGUGGUUGAGUCAAGUGCUUAUCGCAACACCAACGAAUGUUUAUACUACAGGCAUAUCACAUUGAAUGUCAAAUGGAGCCCUCAAACUGGUUCUCUCAAACGUUGGGUAACAAUCGAUCCAGAGUUUCUGAAAGGAUGGCGUUGUCGCGACGAUACAAUUUUGAACUGGUUCAGAGAACAUCCAGUUCUUGGGAUGAAUUUUGUUUUUUGGGUGAUAGUGCAUGGCAUAGCUGACGGUGCUUUCAAAGGCCUCAGUACUGUAGCGGAGGUUCUCAAUGUAAAGCCCCCCAAGGGUAGAGAAUCAUAUACGCUCAAGUGGGAGGAGAGUGUGAGAGAUACUCCUUUUUUUCGAAUGGUUACGCCGGAAGGACCCAAACAAAAUGGAGCAUUGACGUUCUCUUCAUUGCGACACAACUUUACGAGUCUGGCUCGUCGGGAGUGCUUCAGAGAUGUAUUACGCGUGCAUGGGAUUCGUGGUGGUGUAGCGAACCGCAUUGACCCAAAGGCAUCCGAGGCGACACGGGGCCAAGCGCUUGACCAUCAAAACCAUGAUACCUAUAUCAAAUACCAAUCCUCUGUUAAGUCGCUGGAUAUCCAGGCGUUAUUUUACGACUUAGAGCCCGACUACGAAUGCCGGGAUAUGGAGCAAAGCAUGGCUCACCACCGAGACCCUAACGCUCCCCAGCAACUCGAUGCGGCUGCUAUCACUGCAUUUAGAGAGAGGGAUGAUAUCAAGAGGAUAAACGAGAACAUUGCGUCAUUGACCUCUAGGAUUGCUGGAAAACCUAGGCUUCAUGAACAACUUGCCAUUGAACGUACGCAGCUCUAUAACAAGAAAGCGAAGCUCUUGCUGGCUUGGAAGAAAGACUUUGUUCAAAGGUGGUGGGAUUCUGCGUACGAAGAAUAUGUUUCCGGCAAUGAUUUCUCAGAGCGGGAUAAAACACCAGUAUUCGACAUAUACAAAAAGUACCUACCGGAACGAGCCCGCCUCAGAGAUUUCCUAUUUACGAAAACAACGCUGGAUAGCAACAUUGGUCAACAGUGCCUACGGGACAUGGUUGCGCUCUGCACAUCGAGAGAGCGCGUCGUUUACUACCCAAAUAUGCUUCCUGAAGACGGCCAAUGUCCAGUCUGUUCCACAUCUAUGUUCGAUAUCGCGAUGCAGGGAAGAGCAAAACAUAUCCUACAGUGUAAAAGAAGGUCUUUAGGUGGACCACAAUACCAGCAACGAUACAGAAAUGAAAAACGUGCCCAUCGACGCGUAAAACGCAACUUUGUUCAGUUUUGCUAUCUCUGUGCGGAGGUAGUCUGUGACGAAGACGCAUGGUCAAACCAUUGCCGAAGCCACCUCGACAAUCUUCAGCCUCGAUGUGGUAUUUUGACAUUUCGCUAUACACUUGUUGCCCCUGGCUUCUGCCCAUUCUGCUUAGGCGACAAAGGAAAAGCCCCAGACGAGAGGUUCCAGCAAUGGAUAUCCAAAGCAACUCUCUUAAACCACAUCGACAAGCAUUUUGAUUCUCUGGACCCUUUGACAGCUGUCUUCUGCCCACACCCAUGUUGUCAAAAGAAGGAGUAUCAAGAUCUGUCCCAUCUUCGUCGCCACAUGUUUGAUUCACACUCUAUUGAGGAGCCGCGCUCGAAUUGUGUCAAGCGAAAAAGGAAGUGGCAGGCUGAACCUGUGCCUCUAAAUGAUUGGGAUGAAAGGCACGAUAUAGAAACAAUUUCUGAGGACUGUCUUACGCCUAUAUUGGCCGACCGAAAAAGAAUGCGCGUGUCUGAGUGUGAGGCUACAAAGACGUACCAAGAUGACCGGGCUCAAAGGACAAUGUCCAAUCCAGAAGGCUGCUACGGCAAGCCUGUAUUGACCGACAUCGACGACAUCCAAACCUCUGAUGAGGAUGCAUUUAUGGAAGAGCUCAUACAACUUGGUGAUUGCCAGAUGCUGAGCCUAGAGGCUGAGCGUAUACUAGAAAGCCUGUGA